AUGCAAGGGGGUUCAGCGGUGUCAGUUUCUCCAAGCUUCAACAGCUACCCUUCAGCCAACCUUGCAGAGAUCGCCGCCAGGGUAGUCAAAGAGCUUGGCCAAGAACCCGACCCAGACGACGAUAUCUUCAGCUGGGCUGCGGAGAAUCCUCCUCCCCAACCCCAAGAAACCUCCAACACUGAACCUCAACGAGAAGAGGACGAGGACGAGGAUGAAUUUGAGUUUGCUGUUGUUUGCAGAGAGCCGGAGUACUCGUCGCCAAUCUCAGCCGACGAGAUCUUCUACAACGGCCAGAUCAGACCCAUCUACCCGAUCUUCGACCAAACACUACUUCUCAACGAUUCCCAUACAAACCCCGAUAAUUCAAAGGCGUCCUUGUCGACGUUUCGUCGUUCUCCUCUGAGAAAGCUCAUGGUCGAAGAGCGAGAACGAGAGCAACAAGAAGAAGCACGCGAGCCCAUGUCUUGCUCUUCCUCCGAAGCCGACGACCUCGACGGGGUCCAACCCGGAACAUACUGCGUGUGGACCCCAACAAAGCCAUCAUCAGAAUCAGCCGCGGAGGCUUCUUCACCGGCCGGUAGACGCAAGAAGAGCCUCUCCACCGGCUCGUCCAAGAGAUGGAAGCUCCGGGACCUUCUGUAUCGGAGCAACAGUGACGGGAAGGACACGUUUGUGUUCGUGACGCCUUCCAAAAAGGCCGAGAAGACCGUCGCUGUGGCGUCCAAGGUAGCGCCGCAACAACUCAACGCGCACUAUGUGAGGAACGGCGCGGCGAAAGAAGAGGAUCAUAAGAGGAGAUCGUACUUGCCCUACAGAAAGGACUUGGUGGGUUUCUUUGCGAAUAUGAAUGGGUUGAAUAGGAGUUUGCAGCCGUUCUGA